GUAUGAUAGUUUUCCUUUUCAUCCCGAGAGGCUGAGAAAACAGAUCAGACAAGUAUUUGCUCGAUCGUAAUAAGAAUGGCAAAGUCAUAUUUCUUCUUGUUUGUGGUUUUCAUCUUACACCCCGUCCGAGCCCAAAAUGAUGAUUGUGCUGAUUCAUUUCGGUGUGGCGGUCACGGCCCAGCCAUCCGAUUUUCUUUCCGACUCAAAGACCGCCACCCGGACUACUGUGGCUUUCCUGGGUUUAAUUUGUCCUGCUCCGAUACACACGAUAUAGUGCUCGAGCUGCCAAUUUCAAUCAAGCUUUUUGUCAAAAAGAUUGACUACAAAUCUCAGGAAAUUCAAGUAUAUCAUCCUGAUCGUUGCUUUCAAAAAGGGAUCCGGCGACUCAAUUUAUUUUCCUCACCUUCCCAAUUCACAGGAAUAUAUCAAUACCAGCUUGAUGACUUUGCCUUUUUCAAUUGUUCCCAUAGUAGUAAAGGAGAAGAACAGAGUCAUCCGCGUGCGAUUUCUUGUCUUAAUGACCCUAGCUAUAGCCACCAAGUUUAUGCCUUGCGUACUGAUGCCGACAUCAACCAGUUGCCCACACUACCUUGUAGAAAGACGUAUAGUGUUAGAUCAAUUUCACAUCCUAUUGUAUAUUUUCCUGAUCAUAUCCUUUAUUUGAACUGGUCUAGACCAGCUUGCAGAAAAUGUGAACUGGAAGGCAUGAAUUGUAGAUCAAUGAAUAUUAAUAGCAGUAGUACCGAGUCAAAAACUCAGUGCUUCCCCAAACACAAAAAAGAUAUCAUCUUCUAUACAAUUACCACCAAUUUCUUAACAAUUUUGCAGGCUUAGCUUGUAAUAGAUGAU